AUGGCGGCCCAGAAGGUUAUUUUCCACGGGCCGGCCCACACACCGGCCUGUACGGUGGAGACCGGCCCCGCCCCCGAACCCGGACCGGGAGAGAUUCUCGGCAGGAUCCGACUCGCCACCGUCUGUGGGUCGGACCUGCACUCCCUAUCCGGGCGGCGUCACCACGGGGUACCGAGCGUGCUGGGACACGAGGCGGUACUGGAGGUGGUACAGGACCGCCGGGGGGACCGAGCCCUUCCCGCCGGAUCCCGAGUCACCUUCUCCAUUAUAGACUCGUGUUUUAACUGCGACAGGUGUUCGGCCGGCCUUCCUCAGAAGUGCCGACAGCUCUUCAAGUACGGCCACGCCCUCCUUAGCAACGGGACGGGCUUCAACGGUUGCUACGCAACGCACCUGGUCGUUAGGCGCGGCGUCCACGUCGUCCCCAUCCCCGAUCACGUGACUGACAGGAUGGCGGCCCCCGUCAACUGCGCCCUAGCAACCGUCGUCAACGCCGUGUCCUGCAUUCCCGGGAACGAGAACAUUGCCGCGGAGUUUCGAGACCAGUUGAACGUCGGGCUGGAAAGCGUCCCGUCUGACGUCACGGCUCGUAACCAUGGCAACGACGAUGACGUCACAGGGAGGGGUCCAAUCAUGGUGCAGGGUGCGGGUCUGCUGGGGUUGUACGCAUGCGCGUUGCUAAGGGAACGGGGCUACGAGUUUGUGUACUGCACGGAUUUGAACCAGGAUCGUCUGAAACUCGUUCCCAGGUUCGGGGGGACGCCCGUUCUGGCGGGAAAAGAGGACCCGGAGGAUUCUGGGAAGGAGGAUUCCUUCCAUGCUGUUAUCGAGGUGUGCGGUGCUCCCUCGGUGGUGCCCUCGGGCAUCCGGCUGCUGCGGCCCGGCGGCACGUACGUGUUGGUGGGGAUGGUGCACCCGAGGUCCCAACUCGACAUCAGGGGCGAUCAGAUUAUCGGGAAGUGCCUGACCAUCCACGGCGUGCACAACUACGCCCCCUGGCACCUGACAGCGGCAGUGCAGUUCCUGGCGCGGACGGCAGGCAGGUACCCUUACGAGGACCUCGUGGGGGCCGACUUCCCGCUGACGGAGUUCGCAGCCGCGGCAGAAAUGGCCGAGAAACAGGUGUACCCUCGCGUGGCUCUAAAGCCAUGAGAUGCAGCGGCAACCAUUUUUGUUACCUUUAGUAGUUUUCUUCAUUUUUCUUUUGAUUUUUUAUAACAUUUAAAAACAUUUCUGGCACCUGGUGGGAGCCGACUUUCCGCUGACGGAGUUCGCAGCCGCGGCAGAAAUGGCCGAGAAACAGGUGUACCCUCGUGUGGCCCUCAAGCCAUAAGA